AUGGCUGAAUGGGGCAAAGGUGAUCCACGUUGGAUUGUCGAAGAUCGUCCAGAUGCAAUCAAUCCGAAUAAUUGGCAUUGGACAGAAAAAAAUGCGACACAAUGGUCAAAGGAUAAACUCAAGGAGCUGCUAGUAGGAUUGAAAGUUGAAAAUGAAGAAUAUGCAUGUGAAAUCAAAGAGUUAUCAAAAUGCACUGGCGAAGCAACAGCAAAUAACCGCAAAGCUAAACUUGUUUUCAUCUACGAAUGGCAAAUCCAUGGCAAAUGGGAAGGAACGUAUCUUACAGGCGAUAAUCGAACAAAAUACGAAGGUACUUUCGAUAUUCCUAAUCUGUCCGAUGAAAACGACGUUCAUGAAGUGACCAUUACAUUUUCAACGGAAAAAUCCAAAGCAGAAAAAUUGAAAGAGUUUAUGAGAAAAUCAGGCGAUUCAUCGAUACGUAAUCAGCUCACCGAGUACGUUCGUUCGCUUAAAGAAGAAUUUUCUCAAGGACUGAUUCUUCCAACAAAAAACUCUCCAAUUGCAACGAAAGUUCAGUCAACAUCAUCGAUUAAUACCACCAAAAGUAUUACAAGUUUACCGACAAAUACAAACAAAACGCCGGUGAUCGAAUAUCGAGAUUUGAAAAUUCACGACACAUUCAAAUGUACAAAAACUGAUCUGUUCAAAGCCUUCUGCGACAGUGAUCGAGUGAAAGCAUUUACGCAAAACAGUGUGUCAAGAUACGAUUGUAAAAAAGGCGGAUUUUUUUCAUUGUUCAGUGAUAAUAUCACUGGACGAUUUGUCGACAUCGUUCCGUAUGAACGCGUGGAUAUGUUAUGGCGAUUCAAAUCCUGGCCAAGUGAUCACUAUUCUCAUGUCUCAUUGAUAUUUCAAGAUGACACCGAUCAAACUAAACUGGUCAUCCAGCAAACAGGCGUACCAGCUCAAUUCUACGACAAUACAAUGGAUGGUUGGAAACGAUUUUACAUCGAGAGUAUCAAAACGACAUUUGGCUACGGAACUCGAUUGUUUUAA